GUCUUGAUGACAAAAAGGAUAAUAUUUUUUUAUUAUUAAGUUAUUGACAUCAAUUAAAUAAUUUAUUUUCUAUCUCUCUCUUCUUGACCUAACGAUCUCUUAUGUCAUUGCUUGCUAUUUCUGGCGCACUAGACUUAACUACGUGAUAUUAGUUGGAUAGUCAGUUCUGCCUACAGAGGAACGGCCCGGAUGGGAUUUGUCUGGACUUGCCGUAUUAAGACCGGCGCCAUUGUCACCUCCACCAUCGGGCUGAUCAGAAUUAAAUAAUACUUUCAUUAUGAAUCUGUUGAUCUUUUUUUCAAUUCAUCAUUUCGAUCAAUCACUCACGCGAAAGCUACUACAAUGUUGCCUGUACUUCCGAUACACAAUUCCUAUUGUGCGUUUGCUAUGGAACAACUGUUGUACUAAUGUUUUCCGUCUCACCCGCUUACCAGAGCCACAAGGAAAACAUAGCUGAUCACUUCCAUCCCUUCCAACACAAAUCUGCCAACCGAUUUCCUUCUACGUAUUGCCACCACUCGUUAUGCAUCACUUUCAACCGGUUGCGACUGAUGAUCUUCACAUUGAAACCAGUUUCAAUGUGAAUUUCCUAUCCGCUCGCGCAACACGAGCAUCACCAGCAUUGCAUUUCCUGAUCCGCUUCCAGUUCCAGCCAAACCGGCUCCCCAAACUCCUUUUCGAUCGAACGAAUGUAAUAUUGGUACAGUUUUAUGACCGAUGGUUGCCUAAUUGAAGUUAAAGCAGCGUAAGUAGCGGUAGCCAACGGAUAGAAAAAGAUAGAUAUGGUCCGCAUAUGGUCAUGGCGAGCUGGCUAGCAUCUUAGGCGUCAUACGCUUUCUUAAAUGAAAGUGAAAAGUUUACAGGGGAAGAGGAUUCAAACAUUGGUAUAAAAAGCUUCACAGGAAAUCGAGCCACUAUCAGUGAACGGUGAAUAUCCGGCUGACUAGUUCGUGUUCAAACAGACAACGGAAAGCUUUGUUCAAUUUUUCAACAUGUUCCUGAAGAUAGUAGGAAUCAUUGGGCUGGUAGCUGUUGCGGUUUGCGGUCAAAAUCACUACGGCACGCAUAACGAUGUGCAGCACGAUGUAGUGCACUACCACCACGACGAAGAGCAUCAUGGCCCGGCACACUACGAGUAUCACUACGAUGUGCACGAUGAUCACACUGGCGACGUCCACGGCCACCGGGAAGCACGAAAGGAUGACUCCACACACGGCGAGUACUACCUGAUCGAUGCCGAUGGGCACAAGCGCACCGUCAAGUACCACGUUGAGGGCAAGAGUGGAUUCAUCGCCGAGGUACACCGGGAACCGGUCAAGGGCUUCCAUGACGCUCCUGCACUUCACAAUUAUCAUCAUAAGUUUGAAGAAAAAUACUGAAUAUUACUUCCUGCCAGUCACUGUAAAAUAGUAAAAAACACAAAAUAAAAAAAAAAUAAAAACAAGU